CCUGAACUGAAGGGGGCGGGUCGUGGGGCAGCUGCUUCCGGGUAAGCCUCCCCGCCCUCCCGUGGGCCCCGGGAGACAAGAGCGGGAGACCGCGGAGGCAGGAGCAGCGGUUCGGAACCGUAGGGAGGCAGGAAGAAGACCAGAUAAAACGGGCCUCUGAGCUGGUUGCCUGUGGAGAUGGCAGUCUCAAGGGACCUAAGAGACUAUGGAGAAAAGCAGCAUCAGCAUGUCAUAGGAUCCCCCACCUCGAAGUUGUUAACACACCUGCUAGUCCUGCUGUUUUAGCCUCUUACUCACUGUGUGGCCUUGGACUGAGCCCGCAGCAGUUCCAGGGGCCCUCAAAUCCAACCAGCUGACUGCUCCACACCCCAACUGGCCCACACUAUGCAGCCCCAGUCUGUUCUACACAGUGGCUACUUCCACCCGCUGCUUCGGACCUGGCAGGCAGCUGCCACCACCCUCAACGCCUCCAAUCUCAUCUACCCCAUCUUUGUCACGGAUGUUCCUGAUGACGUACAGCCUAUUGCUAGCCUCCCAGGAGUGGCCAGAUAUGGUGUGAACCGGCUGGAAGAGAUGCUGAGGCCCCUGGUGGAAGAGGGCCUGCGCUGCGUCCUGAUCUUUGGCGUUCCCAGCAGAAUUCCUAAGGAUGAGUGGGGCUCUGCGGCUGAUUCUGAAGACUCCCCAGCUAUCGAGGCGAUCCGUCUGUUGAGGAAGACUUUCCCCAACCUUCUGGUGGCCUGUGACGUCUGCCUAUGCCCCUAUACCUCCCACGGUCACUGUGGGCUUCUGGGCGAAAAUGGAGCAUUCCGGGCCAAGGAGAGCUGCCAACGGCUGGCAGAGGUGGCCCUGGCCUAUGCCAGGGCAGGAUGUCAAGUGGUUGCCCCAUCAGACAUGAUGGAUGGACGCGUGGAAGCCAUUAAGAAGGCCCUGAUGGCACACGGACUUGGCAACAGGGUAUCUGUGAUGAGCUAUAGUGCCAAAUUUGCUUCCUGUUUCUAUGGACCUUUCCGAGAUGCAGCUCAGUCAAGCCCAGCCUUUGGAGACCGCCGCUGCUAUCAGCUGCCCCCCGGGGCGCGAGGCCUGGCCCUCCGAGCAGUGGACCGGGAUGUACGGGAAGGAACUGACAUGCUCAUGGUGAAGCCAGGGAUGCCCUACCUGGACAUCGUGCGGGAGGUAAAGAACAAGCACCCUGAGCUCCCUCUCGCUGUAUACCACGUCUCGGGAGAGUUUGCCAUGCUGUGGCAUGGAGCCCACGCCGGAGCAUUUGAUCUUAAGGCUGCCGUACUGGAGGCCAUGUCUGCCUUCCGCAGAGCAGGUGCCGACAUCAUCAUCACCUACUACACACCUCAGCUGCUGCAGUGGCUGAAGGAGGAGUGAUGCAGAGAGUGCAAAACCCAAGAACUAGAACUUAAAAAAAGUUUCCAGGGCCCUGGAGAUGUGAAAACCAAAGUAAAUGCUGCUUUUAGAACUGUG